AUGGCGUCCAGGUUGGCAAACCGAUUAAAAUCGCUGUCCCCUUACGUCGAUGAAAAAGUGUUCCGAAGUCUUCAGAAGCGUUUAGAAAAUAUCCCUCUUUCAGAGAGAAGAUCUCAGAAAAUCCAGGCUUCCAAAGGUAGGUUUUUUGUGAUCUGCCUACUGAAUUCCACAGCAGAUCGAGGUCUUCUAAUGCUAGUUGAGAGACCUCUCCUGCUUGCAGAGAACGCGUCCAAUAGAUUUUACAGAUCGAGUGGUCAGUGAGUUAGAAUUUCAAUCCAAUGGGCCAGGUCACGAAUUCAAAUCCUCUGUUCAGCCAACUGGUUAGGGCUUUUGAUGUUCUUUAUGUUUUUGGGAGUGGAUUAUUUGUUAAAGGCCACUUGUAAUAAGAGGUCACGCAACCAUCCUUCCUUUAAACAAUGAGUUGGAAUCUUGCUGAUGCUAAAAAUUGACAGAGCACAUAAAAAUUAUCUUACAACCGAGAGGAAACGCAAUCUUUUUCAACAAAGUAGUAUGAUUUGUAUUGGCCACAAUGUUGGAGGGCAUACUUUUGCCCUCAAACAUGGCGGGCAAAACUACUUUAGGCCAUCACGCACUACGAGAAUCGCAUCCUGUGCUACAGGAAUCCCGUAGCGCAUGACGAGAAUCAUGUAGCACGCGACGCGAUUCGCGUCUUGCGAGAGGGUGGUAACUUACUUUUGAGUGGUACUGUAAUUCAUAAUAAAAAAAUUUUGGAAAAUCACAUUUUGGUCACAUGAUGAGCUACGAACUUACUCAUUUUAAGAAAAUGGUGCGGGUUUGACAAACCAAGUCACUAUUAUUUUGAAGACCACAAUUUACGCUAAUAUCUGAGUGGAGUUUUACAUAGUUUGAUCAUCCUCUUUUCACACCCACCUACCACCUGCCAGUAAUUAAUCAUAUAUUUGGGAGACACUUCAAAAAGGGGGAAGACAGUUUUGAUUUGCACUGUACAUGUGUAAGCUGCUUCCAGACAAUUACUUCAGUUAUAUAUAAUAUAAGCAAUAGACCCCACUUUCUAUGGGUUUACCGGCGUGAUAACCCACUAGGGAUGUUGGGAGAACACUCAAAAAGCUUAUAAAUCACGAGCCAUCAUGAUUUACAAGCUUCUCGAGUGUUCUACCAACAUCCCAAGUUGGUUAUCACACCAGUAAACCCAUAGAAAGUGGGGUCUAUUGCUUUUAUAAAAUAACUUUGAGUUUUCUAUGAGUUUACCAGCACAAUAAACCAUAGGUUUUAACAAAUCAGAAUGGGCGUACUAUCUUUAAUAGUUAUUUUAUAAAUAAUGGUAAUUGAACUGUGUGGAGUGCAAUUUGGUCUGAAAUUAUACGCGUCAUUUGAAAUCACAAGUAUGAUUUCAGACCAAAAUUGCAUGACACGAAGUUCAAUUACCACUUUAUUACAUCCAUUUUGAAAUCACAGAAUUUAGUCAGUACUAAUAUUAUUUAUUGAUCAAGUAGCUGGUUUGUUAAAAAGCCGAAACAAAAAGGCUUUUACAUCUCAUUUUGUAUUUGAAACUGAAAUGAUGCAAUAUAGAACAAGAAUGGUGCGAUUUAAAACAGAAAUGAUGCGAUUUAGAACAUGAAUGACGCAAUUUGGAACAGAUGUGAUUUAGAGCAAAAAAUGGUUGAUUUAGGAAUAAAUCACACUGCUGAGAGCCAAUCAGAUUGCACGGAUAGCCAGUGAUUUCAAAGUGGAUGUAAUAAAUCCCCAUAUUUCAUUAUCUCUGCUACUUCCUCGGUAUAUGUUGCAGCUGAUAAAAAUAAGAUUUACAAUCCUGUCAUGCUUUAAAAUAAACAUUAACCUACAUGUCUUUUUACAUAACCAAGCUAGCAAACCAGUUUCUCAAUCAGCAAACAAAAUUUUUAAACAAACAAUACUAUUGUCUAUGUUCACCCUAUAUAAACUUAGAAAUAACUGCAAGUAGCACCUGAUUGGUAACCAAAACACACAGCAUCAGAUAAGACAAUUUUUUGCUAAAAAUACCAGCUAAAUGAGCACUAUCAAUAAGUAAUGUGGUCACUAGCAUGAUAAAAACUCUGCAUGAACACUGUUGCUUGGCUGAUACCAGCUGAAAAUGGAAGCAGUGAUUGAAAGGAUUUUUAAUAGUGCUUCAUCUUAAAAUGCUUUAUUUGCAAUAUUAUAGUAGAUACAUAAUGCAUAAACAAGAUUUAAUCCUAUAAGAACAAUGCCAAAUUGAGCAAAGAUCACAUCAAAGUAACGCUCAAAUUGCUCAUCAGCAAUGAGCAAAUUUCUUCACAUUACCUCAGGUGUUCCGCCUAACAAAAGUUCACGAGUAGAAUAUUCAGGCAACAAUUUAUUUUAAACUUAUUUUGUUUAUGAUUACCUCAAUUUAUUUUGUCAUUUAAAUUAGAAUCAAGAACAGUUAAGAUACAGGAACUUAAAAAGACUCUGCAAGAUCAUACUGUGGAAACGUUACCUGAACAAAAAACUGAAAAUACUGGUCUGGCCAAAAAGACAAAGGUUAGUGAUAUACAAGGGGUAGGGAGGUGAUAGUGAAGGAAUUAUAGGACUGAGAAUCCAAAUUCAAAAUCUUGGUAGCUGUUAGGGCAAGUCUUGAAGAGUUGUUUGUGCAUGUUUCUUUCCAUCUCAGAAUCUUCAACUUUUUGCCACAAAGUGUAGAAUUUUUAAACCAGGGUCUUGGUGUCAUGGCAAGUCUCUGCAAGUCUUUCCACCCCGUAUGUAAAAAACGUUUUUUUAAAAAAUGUGAAAUAUUAAAAUUCAAGACCCCAAACAGCUUGUAAAACUGCUUCUUUAGCUGUGCCUUUUCUUCAGGAAACUCAGGACUGUUGCUGCCAAAAUAUGUAAACAGGAUGCUUUAUUAGGUGGCACUUUGUAGAGUUCCCUAUGGGGAGAGUUUUGAGGGUGCAGCAGUAUUUUCUGUAUUACAUCAUAUACUUGCUAGUGUAUUCAUUUCUCCUCUUUGCUCGCAGAUUAAGGUGAAUUUUGACCAAUGGUACAAGAAAAAUCCAGCCGAACUAAGUGUGAAACCCAUUUAUAAGACUCUGCCAAAUGCCAAAGUUGCACUGGAUGGAACAACACCCGAACCACGUUUCAUCUGGAAGGAAAAAGAUUGGCCUAAUGGUUUCCCUGAUUCUCCAGAGGAAGCCAAAACAGAUGUGAUGACAUACCUGGAGCAAAGGGACUGUUACCACAGGCUGAAGAAACUUGAUGCCAAAGAUUUCUCUGUGGGGAGUAUAGUAGCAGUUACCAGAGCCGAUCCUUAUAUAGCUAAAGGAAAAGUCAGGUAUGUCAUUUGAGUUAUUUCAUAAUUUUGUAAAGUAUUUUCAAGGUUAUAUUUAAGGUGUUUCGAUACAGUUUUUCGGGGACCAUACCGAUAUUUUUUAAUCGCCUGAAAAGUGAUUUUAUGUUUGUCCGAUCGCUAUGAAAUUUUCACCACCGACUGACUUUGGAUUGAAGUUUGUCCAAAUAGAGUUUUAACUUGAAUCGAUAUCACUAUGGCAACAAUAAACAAAAAACUUCUGUAUAUCUCUGGAACGGCCCGACUGAAUUCUCUUUAAACCUCAUCACAUAAUCUUCACGAUGUACACAAUAAUGUCUAAAACUUUUAUUACGAUUAAUAUCACUGCAACCUAGCCUACUAACCGGCCAAAAAUCCGCGUUACGACGUUCACUGUUUUGACGUUAUGCUAAUUGUUCCAAAUUAAUGCGGACCUUACAUACCUCCAUGACUAACACAUUGCAGUUUGAAUUUUAUUGAAUCUUUUGAAUGUGCAACAUUGGCAAUAUCCACCGUAAAAUUUGUCUCAUCUUUUAGGGCCUGUUUACAUGGAGUUGAGGACCCCGGUCUAGUGGGUUUGGUUUCUUUUGUUUUCACGCUCUGGGGGACACAAAACAAAAGAAACUUUCCCCACUAAACUGGGGUCCCCCACUCCAUGUAAACAGGGUCUUAGUUUCAUUUUUGUUUCAUUAAGUGUUUUCCUGUUUUCAUCUUGUGUUUUUAUUCGUACUUGAAUUAAUGCUUAGUUCGCAUAGAUCCAUUUUUGGAGUAUUCUUCGCUUGUCAUUGUCAGAUGUGAGUUUUUCACAGGUUCGUGUUAACCUUGGUUCUUUAGUCUCGUUAAAGUUCCUGUCUGGGUUUAUCAUCCAGCGUUUUCGUUUUUCAUUGGUUCAUAGCUUCUUGCCGAUCGCAGCCAUGUACAUUCUGCGGUACCAAGACAUUAAUCACAUCGCGUAAGCCUUGUUUUAAUUCCCACGGUCAGCUAACCCAAACAUGCCCAGCUUAUUAUAAAAAAUGCUUCUAUUUGGCUUGUUAGUAGCAGUAAUCAAGAAGAGUUAAGAGUUGGUGGGAGUUAAGUAGGUGAUAGCUGUCAACAGUAGAAGUUAAAGAAGAAUGCCGGAAGAAGCUAGUAAAGACAAAGGUCACUGAAAGAAGUAAACUCUCGGUACCUUAUCGUGUACCAAGCGAGUCACUCAAACACCGCACCCCCCACAAUACUUGCUGACAGUUUGAAUAUGGCGUUUGCCGUAAACGUGAUUCUAAAAAUCUCUUUAAAGGUGGAUUUCCACAGUUGCGUGAUUUUUCCGUGCGUACGUGCGUAAACUUUACGUUCGCAAAUAAGGGUUGAUUUCCACUGUCGCGUAAUUUUUCCGUUCGAAAGCACGUAAAAUUUACGCGUUGUAAGUGAAAUAGAGGCAAUGUAUGAAAGGCCACGCGUAAACGUGUAGUUGAGCGAGGUUCAAAUUUUACUUAAAAAUUACGCGACAGUAGAAAUCAACCCUUAUUUGCGAACGUAAAUUUUACUCCCGCAUGCACGUAAAAAUUACGCGACAGUGGAAAUCCACCUUUAAAGAGAGGCAAUGUAUGGUAGAUCGCGCGUAAAAGUAAAAACUAAACCUCGCUCAACUUAACGUUUAAGCGCGCAACAUUUUUAUAUCUUGUCUCUAUUUUAUUUAACCGAGUAAACUUUACGUGCGUGUACACGCACUUAAAAAUUACGCGACUGCUGGAAAUCAACCCUAGCGUCUCCAUACUUUGCCCUACAGGUUUAUAGGGAUAUGCAUUGCUAAAAAUCAUUGGCAGAACACCUUAGGAGCAACUUUCACCCUUCGUAACGUAGUGGAUGGAGAACCUAUGGAGGUGAACUUUCAGCUGUACUCGCCGCUUAUUCAGAAGAUCGAGGUGUUAAAACACAUGCGGAGGCAUAGAAAAGCUCUGUGGUAUCUGAGAGACUAUCCGCCAUCAAUGAGCACGGUGAACGAGAAAAUGAAGCCGGUACCAUACACAGAAGAACCCGAGCUUUAUGUUCCGACACGAGAGGAAAAGAGAAAGGUUAAGGCUUGGUUUGAUGGAUUAUGGAAAGCGAAAAGGAGAUAAAACAACAAGAUGGCUCCCAUUCCUACUAAGAUCAAAGAAAUUCAUCACCCGCACCUAUCGUUCCCAGGGCUUGUUUCUUUUGAAAGUUGCCGCGAUAAUUAUUUUUCCUUAAAUGUCAUGAGUAAAAAAUGGAGCCUGAUGUAACCACGCUUUAUCUCGGUAUUUCCCUGCAUUUCCGUGGUCGUUUGCCUUAGGCGAAUCUUAAAGAAAGUAGUGAAUUGAAAAGCGCAAGCACCCAGAGAAGAAGGGUCUUUAAAAAUCUUUAAAUAUCUUCAGAAUGAUGCAAUGAGCUUAACGAAUUUUCGCGUUUAAAUUGCACUCAUACAAUGGUUCUCCGGGCCUUAUAAGUUAUCCUAGUCCCGGUUAUUCCUACUUUCAAGAAAUCGCCACUCUUUUUUAACGAUAACCGGUAACGCUGCUUUCCAAUGCAUUAUUUAUAAUCGUCUACGGCUUCACACUGGUCAGGAACUGUUCUGAUUGUGCAGAAACUCGCAAUUAGCGAUCGCAGCUAGUUUUCCUUAUUUUUUCUGUAUCAAAAGGAACUAGAAGUGCUCAUGUUUUUACAAUUACUUGAUUAGUGCUCUAGGAUGAUGUAACAAAACCUUUGAAAUAAAACGUCAGUGGA